AUGGCUCCCGUUUCGGAAGCCUAUUUUCCGUCCCUGGAUAAGUGCUUUUCUGGGGACGUCCAGCUUUUAUCAUGGAAAACAGCCUUUCUGUAUACGUGUAACCCUAAUGAUCAUGCCGAUGACGCCGGCAGUCUUUACGCAUUUUUGUCGCAUCCCGAGAGCGUUCAGCUUCUUUCCAAUUUCCUAAAUACCUUCCCCCCGCGGUCCGCGAAAACGAAGUCCGAAUUCGAAUCCAAGACGGCCGCAAUUCAUGCAGAAACUUCCGCGCAAACCUCCUACGAUUUGAAGGAGAUCAAGGCAGACGCCCUGUGGUUGAGUGAACAAGCGGGGAUCGACGAGAUCAGUGCACUGCGAACGACGGUCUUGGAAUGGCAAAGUCGACCAGCCACGCGACUGCUGGCUGGGUUUACAGAGGAGGAGACAACGAGCCUGCAGGGUGCUGCUGGGGCCGAGAACUUUCGUGUGUCUCUAGCUGGACCCAGCCUCGCCGACGUCCUCAGCCAGAGACCAGACGAGGAUCCAUCAAGCUUUGCAUCGGGGGAAAAUAGGCGCUUGCGACUGCGCGAGUUAUAUCUCUCGGAGAGGGUCCAUAUAGUCAAGACCGCUCGCAAGCUCCUUACCCUGCAUUUGCAAAGCAAGGUCGAAACAAACACCCCGCCUAGCUCCGAGCAAAACAAACGGACUCAGUCGCUAUGCAAAUUAGGGGGCACUGUCUUCAAGAAUAAGUUGGAGGGAGAAGGGUGGUUCGCCUUCGUGCAAGCUUGCAUCGAGGCCAUCCAAAGCCGCCUUUCCGCACUAGAGACGGAUGGCGGCUGGCUGGCGGCUGAAGAAUGUAAUGAAGCGGUGGAAAACAUGUGGAGGACAACCUUCGUUGAAGAGAUCCUGCAUAUUGUGCAGACAUUAUUUUUACAACUUCAGGCGUCUGCGAGUAUACCUACGGCGGAUCUCCUGCUCUCCUGGCUUCGUGUUAUGGUGGACUACAACUUUUUACAAUCUCUGCAAGUCUUAUGCGACAAUCCGAUUGAGGUUCUGCUACCUCUCCAGGGCUUUGCUUCCUUGACAACCCUUGCAUUCAUGAAGCUGUCUCUAUCAAUCCCAACCAUCAUUGACAAAACAGCGUCCGGAGCGCGAUCGAAGUCGCCCUAUUUCCUGUCCAAGGAAAAUGUUGGUGAGAUAAAUGAAAUAUUUAUGACCGCGGGCGUGGAUCUGAAGAUAGCAAACCCCGGUGCGUUCUCAUGGGGGUUGAUCUUGCACACCCUCAGAGAGUUAGCACUCAGCGAUAAGGACGCCCGCGAACUGGAGCAGUUUCACAGCGCGGUCGAUUCUUUCCAGUCCAACACACCCCACUCGAGCUCUGGACGGGCUUCCGAGCAGUCAUUGUACGAGGAGGUGAUUGAUUCUGCCCAGACCCCCAAAUUCACAACCGACGAGUCUAUUGCACUCUUGACUACCGAUGAAAUGAAGGCCACGGUGUUUGAUACCAUCAUUGCCUUGGCCACGAAAGUCACCUCUACUUCGGCCGUCGAUGAUGCGUUGCUUAACUCGUGGUCCCGGGUGGUGCUCUUGGAUCUCAUUCGGGUCGCUGUUAUCUAUCUGGAUUAUAGCCCUGAGAUAGUCCAGUCCGUUUUGGCCAUUCUUGCUGGACCACAGCCGGGAUCCUCGUGGCCGCUGAACACCUUGUCUGCUGUCUCUACUGACCCCCGGACGAUUUUCUUGAAGGACGAUCUUCUUAUGGAUAACAUCUUCAGACUGGCGCGCUCGCGGUUCCCAUAUGAAAUGGUACCUUUUUUGAAAAUCUGCCGAGCCCUAGUCAGCAGCCAUUCGGUCAAUGAAGAAGGUGUCCCCGUCAUUCUCGACGAGAUGGAAAAUAUGGAAACAUUCACGCAGUCUGUACCUCUCGAUUUCCAUGGAUAUGACACAAUCCGCGAAGACGAAAAUGCCAACUUCGUCACUUUGAUCAAAUCCCUUCCGAUGAUGGAGUCGGCCCCUAGACGACAAAUACCGGAUAAACAAGCAGGUAAUGCUCUGGUUGUCACAGGCUCGUCGGAAAUCCCGGCGGCGGCUGUUGGCCAAGUUGUCUCCGAGUCAAGGCCUGCCGUCAUCAUGUGGCAACACCAGUACUCUUGCCUCAGCUACCUUGGAAGCUGGUUGGAAGAAUGGAAUGAAAGUGGCGGCUAUUCAGCUGGCUGGGGAGAAGAUUGUAUCGCAGAUAUUAUCGGACUCUUCGCGGAUCUUCUUGUUGGCGCCAAGAACGCGCAAUCGCCGGAUGGCGAUGGCUCCGGAGCCAAGAGGAUAUUGGAGCUGGCAAGUGAUGGGUUGUCACGGCAAAGCGACGUCAUUUCUGUCAUUUUUGAGAUCCUUGAGCACAACCUCUCCAAUAUCGGUCCCAGAGCGGGCUCAGAUAUCAUCCUGGACUGCACAGUUGCUUGCUUGCGGUUCGUCUCUGCGCUCCUUGGCGUUCUUCCAGGCAGAGUUUGGCCGUUACUUUCCCGGAGUAGCUUGUUUGGCUCUGACGGGAAGGGAGGUAUAAUGACUACAGUCAUUUCAGCACUCGAGGUGACGUCGGGAGAUUACCCGUUCCUUCUUGAGUGUGUCCGGUUCUUUGAAGCGGUUGUUGAUGAUGCAGCUUCCCGAGCUGUCGUGAGGAGGAGCCCUCAUGUGCUCAACGGAAAAGCCCUAGUUAUGUCGGAUUGGACCGCGGGAAUGCCCUCGCGUAUGAUGCGAACAAUCCUGGUGAAUUUCGUUCGGAUAAUGGUUGAAGUUUACAACAGCAACGGUAAUUGGCGAUUCAACGCCCUGGAGCAGAAGAUUGAGAUCAACACCGUGCUUGCAAGUUCCUUUGAAAGGAUACUUUGCUACACUUACGGGACAGGCGAUAUAACGAAGCUCGAUACGAAAGUGACGGGCGUGUUCUCAUCAUCGGCGGAAUACAUCCUAGAUGUUUUGAGGCCGCAGUCUGCUGCAGACUUGCCCUUCAAUCCCAUCCUUCGACUCAUUGUUGAAGGCCUCCAUACCCCUCCCACGUUGUAUCUUCGAUUCCUGGCACUGAUAACGAAGCAAACGAAGUCGACGUUAGCACUUGCAACCCGACUUCUACAGUCCGCCCAGCUCCUGGAAGCCUCGCACUCCCUGCUGGAGGUCCAGCUGUUCAAAGCAACCCCAGUCCUCGUAAAGUUAUACGCUUUACAUGAUGCUUACCGGCUGCCAACAUUAGCCCUUCUCAACACUCUCAUCUCUGGGGCUGCUCAAAACCCUACAGAUGAGCCGCCAUCCUUGGUUGGCCAUCUGGGGGCUGAGUCGUCCUGUCUUUUCCUUGAUGUCCUGUCGCAAUUUGAUAGACCGUUUGGCGAUCGUGGCCUUCAUCUGGCUGGGUGGCAUUUGCUGUCAACGAUCAUCAGCAAGCGGCAGCAGUGGCUGUCGGUCUACAUCCUUACGGGGUCGUCCCCUCGCCAUAUGCUGAAGAAGGACGACGCGGGCAAAUCUCCAGCCAUGAGAGGCACCCCUUUCUUGCGCAUUGCCCUGGACCAACUCUCCAACAUUGAGCACAUUGAUCCCCAAGUCGCCGUGGCGCUUCUCGAGUUCGUGUCUCAUGCGCAAGAAAAUUGGCCGUGGGCGACUUCGGAGCUGAAGAACCAUUCGCAGUUCUUUACCAGUAUUGUGAAUUAUGUAUCAAAACUCAAGCUGUCCUCUUUGGCUGUGGAGGAGCAAAUCUUCCGCACCCGCAUUGCAGCAGUGGUCGCCGAUCUUUGCACGGUUUACCUGCACUCGGCCAAGGAGAUGCAUGAUCGCUCAUUCUAUAAAACUUUAAUCCCGCUGGUCUCUUGGUACGCCAAGGGAGCAGUUGAGGUGCCCGGAUACAAUGGUUCUCUACAUACGAACCUGAAAAGAAACUUUGAGUCGAGAUACUCUGGUAGCACGCUGAUCGAGUUCAAGAGGACGCCCUUGCAGCCUCGCUCGCUGGGACGGGAUUACUGCUAUGAUUUGCACGUAGGAUCGAAGUUGUUAUCUUACGAUGUGGCAUGGGCAGGAAAACGGGACCAGGGAUUUGCAGGAGAAUUCGAGCGGGCCAAUAUCAAUUUGUCUCUGGUUGAGGCCCAGGUGAGUCUUCUCAAUAGCUGGAAGUUUUUCGCUGUUGAACACUGCGCGGACUUCAUGGCGGAUCGUGAAGUACAACAAUCGAUGGCCAACGUCGUGCAGUGCUGCCUGACAGCCAACACCAAGGGCGUCCCACAGGAGGCGAUCUUCGAGCGGAUCCAACAGAGCCGAGUGGACUUCGCACAGGUUCUUCUCCAACGACUGGUGGAGACCGGGGCGCGAGGUGCGGAGGUGUUUGGCUUGCUCUCGGUCGCGUGGGAUGCAUUGCGCACUCGGCGCGCGACAUAUGAAGAGGCCCUGGUGAACGACGACACCGAGUAUUACCGAUCUCUUCUCAACGUCCUGUUCCUGUCUCUCCAGUUCCAUCUCAAUACACCCUCGCGAUCUGCCCCCGAAACUCUGACCAAGAAGGCGGAGAUAUCGUCCGAUCUUAGCGUGGUCGUCGAAGCCGUGAAGACGGUGGUUGCUCAAGGGUUCAAGACCCUAACUGCGUACCUGCACGACCAGCCAGACAAGUGCACGCCGAAAGACUUCGCCAUCCUGACAGCCAUCCUGCAGAGCGCACUGCAAGUGAAGAACGUGGAUCGGCUAUACGAGCACAUGGCGUACCACGUCGCCGAGAACGACGUCGUGCGACACGCCACAUCCCUAUUCUCGUGGGCCGACCAGCUCGCAGUGGCAGGCGACCCCGUCUACGGCGAGCUCAGCGUAGCAUUCCUCGUCAAGCUGUCGACGAUCCCCAUACUGGCCGAGCACCUCGCUGUGGAAGUGGUCCUCAUCCGGCUAUCGACCAGCCGACUAGCCGACAUGUUCCGGCAGCCCAAAGGCUUCGGACCCUUCGACCCCGUUCCCCGCAUGUACACGAUCUGGACGCAAGGCUUCCUCCCACUCUGCCUCAACCUCCUGUACCACGUCAUCCGCAUGGCCCCGGAGGUCGCAGCCUUCCUCAACCAAUUCGAAGGCCAGCUAGCGCGCGCCGCGGAUUCCUUCGCAGCAGGCCGCACGGCCACCACAGGGCCCUCCGCCCGGCGGAUCUCCCUGAGCAUGGCGUCGGAGGUGUACUCACUCGCACUCAUCUCCUUCAUCCUCGGCCAAUUCCGCGAAGCGGGCGCCAGCCUCGGCGUGGACGCGCAGGCGAUCCAGGAACUGAAAUGGGACAAGGCGCAGGUGAAGGAGGACAUCGAAGAGUUGCUCGAGCGGAAGCAGACGCUGCGGGUUCGCAUUGGCGCCACCAACGAGAAGGAACUCGAGAUGACGCGGCAGAAGCCCGUCGAUCCCUCGUCUGGGGCGGAGGACCGGCUUGAAGAGAAGAUCAUGGGCCAGUUGAAGGCGACGUUGGUUUGUCUUGGCGGGGAGGAGACGUCAUGAUUGGAUUGGAUUGAUUUGAUUUGACACUGCAAUUAGCAUGUCGGGUUCGUUUGUACCAUUGUCGUCGUCGUCGUUGUUCUAGCUUAGAUUUACGCAUGUUUACGGUGGGACCGUCGUCCUGAUAUCAGAGGUUGGGGAGUAGGAUAUCGGCGGUGGUGAAU